UGCAUCGCAUGCAUCGCAUGUGAUGGAUCUUCCUCAUGAGUGGGUCUUGGGCAGAUGGGGAAAUGACAGGAGUUGGGAAGCUGCACACUGGAACCUGGGUGUCCCGCUGCAGGAGAUUCCGGGCUGCAAGUGCUCUGGCCAAUGGGUUGACUUCCAGCACAGACUGAACUUCACACUGGCGCACGCACAGGAGUCCGCUGGGCCUUUAGCAUCCUAUUCCCUUUCUGGCUUGGGUUUCUGCCAGCGAGUGGCCCAGCCUAUGAUCCGCUCGGUGUUUCCUGACCUGCGGACCAGCGCUUCGAGGUGGGAGGAGAGCACCUCCACAGGUGAUGAAAGUUGGUUGGACUUUGGACGCCAUUGGUGCCCAGCUGGUUUGCUGAGCGCUUUGAUCGUUUGUGCGGCUGCACAUGCACACAGUGCUCGGGUUGCACUUGGCGAGGACGAGGAGAAGGAUCCAGGAUGGAACGUUGAUUGGCCCCGGGCACUUGGAUCUUGGCCAAAGCUUCUGCCCCAGAACUGCGAGAGCCAGCAAGCUUGCGUUCCUUACUUGGAGGCCCUUUUGGCGUACCCUGUCUUCCUACGGGCAGCGCCAUGUUUGGAGGAUUCACCGUGGCCACUUACAAACGAGGAGGUUCAUGAGAAUGUAAUUCGCUGGACCCGCUGGCUCUGGAUCGGUGGCGCCAAGACCCCUCCUCCUCGCUGGCGUGGGCCUUCAGCGGACAAGCGCAUACGCUCUGCUUUGAGCUUUGAGGCUGCAGGGGCCUUUGCUGCUCCACGUCGAGGAGCGCCAGGCGACAGAACUGCAGCCUCAGCUCUGUUGAACAAGGUGGCCAGGUCCUGGGACCCUUCGCAAACACUCAGCUUUCGGAAGAUGUCUGUGCGGCAGCAGCAUUUUGAGACAAUCUUCGGUGACUUGGGGCGGACGUGGAGGAUCGGAGCUCGCGGCCCCCUGGGUGUGCAUACGAAGGCUCACGCGGAUGACUUCAAGGGCCCUCGAAGUUGGCUGCGCUUCUAUAUCUAUGACCUGCCGGUAAGUGCGCAUCGAGAAGCACUUUCGCAGUUGCAUGGACGCAUUCGGGAGGCAGCUCGGACUCCUGCGAUCUGUGACUUUGGAGUGUCACCGUGCGUGGAAAUGCGAGAGGGUGGUGCUUUCAGUGGCUAUCGCCCUUAUGCCGCAGAGGCUACUUUCUUGGCAAAGCUCCUCUCAGGGCCAGAUGAAGUCAUCGUGGACGAUCCAAACAAGGCCUCAUAUUUUAUUGUGCCCUUUUUGUCAUCAACCUGGUGCUUUAUUGGAGCUCCCAAGACCUGGGUUCGAUGCGGUGACCAAGAUCCUUUGUCCCAUUUGCUUCCUCUGCUGACGUACUUCAAUCAGUCCACGAUCCACCGACACAUCUUCUUGGGGACUGACUCCGUAGGCAACCUGCCUGUGAACUUCCAGAUGCAGCCCCUGCUCCUCCACUAUGGACCAACUCCUUGUGGUCCGGGGCAAGGGCCAUUGAUCACCCCGCCGCCCCUAGCAGAUGACCUUCCAGCGCCAGGUCGCUGGGAGUUCAGCUCGAAGGACCUGCUGUUAUUCACUGCAGACGGAGUUGGGCAACGCCCAUUUCGCCGGGAAGUGCUGGAGGAGCUGCUGCGCUGGCAGCACUCGCUGCCGCAUCUCUUCGUGGUGUCCAAGCGUGACCAGCAAGGAAACUCUUCCCCAGCUUGCGCCACGUGCUGCAAUACCCCUUUGGCACCAGAGUGGAAUCACCAGAUUCGGCGGGCACUUUUUUGUCCAGUACUACCUGGUGACAACACUUUUCGUAUGCGUCUCUUCCAUGCCGUCUUAGCUGGAUGCCUUCCGGUGGUGAUGCUGUUCCCAGGCGGCAGCUGGUACCGGAACCACGGGCCGCCAGUUGAAUGGAGUUUGCCUUUUCCCAGCCAAGUGGACUGGCGAGGCUUCAGUAUCGAGCUGCCCUACGAUCCUGCCAGGGAGGACUUGGACACUUGGGCCAAGCGGUUAGUCCCGACAUUGCUGAGGCUUCAGGUGGGAGAGAUUCACCAGAAGCAAGAGAUCUUGUCAAAAGCUGUACCUUUCCUCCGCUAUGAUUUUGCAGGGACCCAGCCGGAUGCAUUCACCGCUUUGCUGAACCAGCUGGCUGAGCGACCGCUCCGCAAGCCAGAGCUGGACUGCUUUGACCCACGAGAGCGUUUCAAGACGGACCGUUGCCUAUCCGGGGCGAAGACUCUUAUGAACGAGGAGAAGGAGAUCUUUGGCAUAAGGGCAUGCUGUCCGAAGUGGGCAAGUCAGGCCACGAGCUGAUUCCUGGAGGCGUGACAAGGCUUCGGCAACCUGCACAAGCGCUUGGAGUUGCAGGCUUCCUGACCGGUCAGCGGAAGGUGCACGGUCCGGGGCCACUGCAAGAAGGACUUCGGCAUGAAGAAGCAUUUAGCAACGUCACGAGGUCUCCAAGAAGGGAUGAGUGAGCAGAUGUGAAUCAAGAUGCGCCCGCGGAAAAGAGCGGAUCUUCCCGACAAGAAAUGCCCA